AUGGACUACAACGAGCUGAAAGACGUACUUGCGAAGCUAAACCGCACGGUGCAGAUGGCCCAGCAGAGGGAUCGACUGUCGCUCGAUGAGACGCUAAUCUCGAUCAACCAGACGCUGCAGACGAUUGGCGGGCUACUCGAGACUGUUCAGGUAGCCGUGCUGAUCGUAGCGAUCGCCCUCUCAUUUCUCCUCAUCGGCAUGACGGCCACCUGCUACUAUGCAAAGUACAAGAAAUAUAGCCGGGUAUCAACCGACGAGGAGCGGCGAGCGUACCGAGCAGCGCCCCCCACCGACGAGGAUCGAUUUUCGUAUCGUAAAGGCGAAUACCAUCCGACGGAUAUU